CUUGACGAUUCACAUUAUCUUAGUUCAACAUGCGAGGUAGACAUUUGACGGAAAGUCUGCAGACGAAACGACGUUAUAAACAACUGAGUGUUUAAUAGUGCAAGUUUUAUAACGAUAACAAUGUGGCCAUGGCUUUCAAAGAAAAGGAAAUUAAAAAAUCGUGUGUGCUCUUGUUUUUGGCAAUGUUUAUUAACCAAGUGACGUUUAUCAAUGCCAGAAAUUCUGAUUGCAGAGGAAAAGCUUUCUACUGCCUCAACUCAACUCACUUUAUGAUAUGCCUGGAUUUAGGCGACGGUGUCUCAACAACUGUGGAAGAUUUUAUAAUACCAUGCCCACCGCCUACAAUGUGUUUAGAAACUAAUGAUUUUGAAUGCGAAUAUCACACAACGACUACUUUGAAACCAAUUUUGCAGAGUGAAGGGCCUGUAACUGAAUUAAAUUCACAAACAUGGCGAGGUGACAGUGAUUAUACGACGUUUUUACCUUUUUUGUAUAAUAAAGAGGAUUCUGUAAAAUCAGAAAAAUAUUACGAUAUAUUAGAUGAUCCGUUGACAACAAGAAAAACAAUACCUGAAACAUCGACUCAUCAAGAAUCCACAACUGAAACAAAAAUAAACGAAGAAAUGAAUACAGAGAGAAUGACAUUUACACCAGAAGAGACGAGUACUCUACCUCCAACUGUUUAUACUAUAACAGAAGAUGUAACUAUAUCUAGUCACAAGGUAAAAGUAGUAAACAAUGCAGUAUCAGACGGAUAUGAUCAUCAUUUUGAUACUGUAAGUUCAAAUACUGUUUCAGAAAGUACUACACAAUCGACAACGCAAAAUGAUGAAACACAACCUACAACUGGCUAUAUCGAUGAACAUAUUUCCAGCAAUAAUAUCAUAAUUACUAAAGAAGAACCUCCAAUACUUGGUUUUUAUACAUAUAAAGAAGAAGCCACUACAUAUGCACCUCUAAAUUUCGAGUUUUGGGCAGAUGGGAAUACCCUAACAACAAAUUUUGCAUCAGAUAAGAUUAUAACAACAGUGCAAGAGUCAAAACACGAGGAAAUUAAAAGAACAACUAACAGCGAAAUAACUGCUUUAACUACAGAGAUAGAGGAAUAUUUGAUUACUUAUUCAGAUUAUGUAGAUACAUUAAGUCCCAUAACAGAAUUGAAGGAGGCAGGGGAGAUGCCCAACGAAGUAACUUCCAUUAAAAAUACUAAUUAUGAAAUAACUACAGAGAUCAACAAUUACAUAAAUAAUUAUAAAUUUGACACGACGACACCAUUAAUAACACCCCAACUACUAGUGACCAACAUUAAUGAUGCUUCAAAUUUACAGGACUAUAUCAAUAGUAAUUCAAUAACAAAAGUACCACAAGAAGAUACUACAACAAAUUAUGGAAAAACUGAAGACACUGAAAUAAAUUACAGCAAUAUUAUCGAUACCAAUAUAAAUUAUCCAACAACUACAGAUGUACACGAAUAUAUAAAUACUAUAGUUAGUACAACUGAACAAAAUAUAAUCAAUGAAGAAUAUGAGGCAAAAUACUUUCGAAAGUUAACGACAACAAUAGACAAAAGUUCUACAGAGAUAGAGAAAUAUUUGAAUACUUAUUCAGAUUAUGUAGAUACAUUAAGUCCAAUAACAGAAUUGAAGGAGGCAGGGGAGAUGCCUAGCGAAGUAACUAUCAUUAAAAAUACUAAUUAUGAAAUAACUACAGAGUUCAACAAUUACAUAAAUAAUUAUAAAUUUGACACGACGAUACCAUUAAUAACACCCCAACGGGAUAAUAUGAUAGAUAAAGAUGUACUAGUGACAAAUAUUAGUGAUUCUUCAAAUUUACAGGACUAUAUCAAUAAUAAUUCAAUAACAAAAGUACCAGAAGAAGAUACUACAACGAAUUAUAGAAAAACUGAAGAGACUUUAAUUAAUCACAGCAAUAUUAUCGAUACCGAUAUAAAUUAUCCAACAACUACAGAUGUACACGAAUAUAUAAAUACUAUAGUUAGUACAACUGAACAAAAUAUAAAUAACGAAGAAUAUGAGGCAAAAUAUUUUCCAAAGUUUACGACAACAAUAGACAAAAGUGUUAUUAAAGGCAUUAAAUAUAUGACAACCCCAUAUGUUUCACAAAUAUUUAAUAGCGAUGUUAAUCAAAUAACAUAUAAGAAUGAAGAAAAUACAUACCAUUCAAGUCGCUUUUCACCAAAAGCAAAUAUCAAUGUUGUAUUAAAAAAUACUCAGGAUAUCACAACCAGUACUGACGUAUCACAUUUGGAUUUAAACGUGAAUGAAAUGUCAUUUCAAACCGAUAAAAAAUACUCGGAGAUACAACAAACAACUUCAAAAGUUCCAGUUACAGGUAAUAUAAUGCAAGAUAAUACAACUCCUUAUUAUUAUAAAGGAACGAUUCCUUACGUUGAGCAACAAUCCCUAUUCAGUAUUGAAAAUGUAACUGUAUUGAAUGACAUUGUUUCAUCUUCGACAAAGGAUGAUUUUAUAGAAAUAAAUUUAAAAUCAACUCAUCCAUUAGAUUAUCAAAUAUCCACCGAUAGUUCAAUCUUAUCGCCAAUCGAAGCUCCGCCCGUUAUUAAAGAAAAUUUCUCAGCCCUAGAUAAUGUAACUCAAUUCAAAACAAAUGGUACAGUUUUGACUGAAAGAUAUAACGACCACAGUACAAAACAGAGCAACUAUAAAAAUCAAGGCAAAACAAAUGCGAAUACUACUCCCACACCAUCGUAUGGCCCUACUGGUUCAUCACCAGCUUAUGACUAUAAAACUAAUAUAAAGAUAACAUUGCCUGAUUUUAUGAAUCCAAAAACAACCUCAACAGAAUUAAAAACUGAUUUGAAAACUAUGGACACUUAUAUUAAUGAAACUACAGUCAGUGAACAAAGAAACACACAUGUGCAUACUUUCCCUAGCGAAUUUACGACUUCACCGUGGUUAAAGAAUCCUGAAAGUAAUAACAAGCAAUAUGAAGUUACAAAGGAGAUGAAUGUGACAUAUCACGAUAAAAGCCCCGAUACUGCCUCUACCACACCAUCAAUAUUUGAUCUAAAUAACUUAGAAAAAGUAACAAUAGAUGAUAAGAACAAUUUACAGAAAACUGUAAAAGAACCCUCAUCUGAAAUGAAAUCAACACUAUCUAUUUCACAAGGUGGAGCGAGUAUAUACAAUUUAUUAACAUCUGUAAAUGACAAGUUUAUUACUUCAAAUGUGAAUGCUACUGAAAGUUAUGCGCCUAGUAAUUUUCAAGAUAACGAAAUCACAGAAAGUGUAAAUUAUAUACAAGAAUCAAUUACAACAAAUGCGGCAAAUAAUGAUGAUAUACACUCCUCUUUUGUUGGAACUACUUACCCAAUGGUUAAUACAUUGCCAGAUAAAAUUCCAGAUAUAACAACUGAAACAAUUCAGAAGUUAACAACGGGAGUGCUCCCAGUUCCAAUAAUUGCGAUAAUUAAUGGCACUAAGACAGUUGUUAUAUACUCUGAAGCUUCAAAAAUUGAAGGUGCAGGCUAUACGAAUAAAUCACCUGCUAUGGAAGUUAAUAAUACUAACGCUACAAGAAAUACAACAGUACUAGUAAGACACAGUUUGAAAACGCAGAAUUUAUCGCAGCUCAGUAGCGAAGUACCCGUAAUAUCAAAUGCGUCAUAUAUAAAUAACGUUGAGAAAAUUAAAUCACCACCUAUUGCAUUGGCUAAUAAUAUAACUUCAGAUAGACAUGAAACUAUAGGAGAAAAGCAAAGCGUUUUACCAAAUGUACAAGAUAAAAAAGAAACCGUCUCAGUACAGAUUACUCAGCCUUGCAACAAAACCACACCUGAUACUACAAACAAUAACAAAAUAUCACAUACCAUUACUCCAGAAAUAUUAAAUUUUACUUGUUUGAAUCGAUACAGCGGUAAAUAUCCAGAUAAAAACAACUGCCAAACUUUCUACAUGUGUAUUGGAACAAUGAGUCCUAUAGUUGGCCAAUGCCCUCAAAAUUCCGUAUUCAGUGACAUCCUAAACCAGUGCACUCGAAAUUUAUCACAUUGCGUAAGAAACAACGAGUUUCAAUGUGUUUCCACAGGAAGGUUCAGUGAUCUUUGGAGUAGAGACACUUAUUAUAUUUGUGUGAGACACAAAAGUAAGUUUGUAAGGUUUAAGCUAAGGUGCCAAAAAGGAUACUUUUUAAAUAAAACGUCCAUAACAUGUGUUGAAGAUCCUGUUAUUGAGAAGCAGUCAUUUACAUUAGAAUCUUAUUCAACUUCAAGUAGUAGUAGUAGCGCGGAUUCUAAAUCGGGGCAAAUUGAAAACAAGACUACGGAUGUUGAAUUUAAAUGCGAAAAAGAGGGGGUUUUCCCAGAUCCUAACCACUGUAGGAAAUACUACGUUUGUAAAAAAAUGUCAAAAUCAAAAAUUCGACUAAAGAAGAAAAAAUGCGAUUCAGAUGAGGUUUUUAAUGAUAAAAAGAAAAAAUGUGUCGAUGAAGAUAGCUAUGAAUGUGAAACGUAAGUGUACACAGCUCGUUAAUCUUUUAUUUAUUGUAGUUUUUUAUUUUUACAUUUGAUGUAAUCAAUAUACUACGUUAUAUUUGUUAAAUGUGUAUGAUUUGUAUUUGAAUCUCUUUUAAGAAGUAUGAGCGCAUAUCCAAAGUGAAUGUUAAUAAAAUAAUUAGUCUAAGAUCCGGGAUUAGAAAAAUAUACCUUCAUCUGUUAUUUAGACAAAAUAAUUUUUUAUAAGCUGAUUUCAAUAUCAUGAACUUAUAAAAACAACCUCUGCCAUCAUAAGCCUGCUGCAAUUAAUAGUAAUUAAUUAAUUAACAACUAAUUUAUUUUUAAUUUUUACUUUCUCAUGUUAGUUACAUGUAGUAAGUUAAAACCGUCAAUAUUUUAUAUUAUAUA